UAAUUUCAAACUUUUAUUUCAGGUGGUUUUGAUAAUCAUUUUGUGAUGUCAACCAUCAAAUUCAGAGAUCAUGGCGACAUAUCUGAUGCAUGGGUUAGGCUCUGGUGUUACUAGCAUCAGUAGUAGUGAAGGAUGGGCUGGACAACCAACAUUGGACUUUCCAUCUAGUUCCUCUGAUAGGCCUUCAAAAAGAAGCACUGGUGUGAAAUUUGAAAAAGGAGAAUAUCUGACCUUCUCCAGUCACUUCGAUAACCAAGGAGCUGAUUACAUCACAUUCAAUGUCUGGAUAUACAGAAAUGACAAAAAGAUAUAAGCGACUUUUUCCAAGUCGGUCAUAACUUCGCAACUUCUGGAUAUCCUACAGGAAUUGGAGAGAUACAGGCUUUCCAUACCACUGAUGGAAAAGAUGCCAAGCUCAAAGUAAAUGGAGCAGAAGUAGGAGGUAUUAAGGAAAAAUUUGAGCAUGAUGAAUGGAUUUUAAUUGGAUUCGGGUGGGGUAAAGACAAAGGAUACAUGAAAACAAUGUGUGAAGGAGGAGGGGGAGGAAUGGGAUGAGCAGAACACAAAAAUAAUGCUUCUCAUGCUGUUUCUUCAUGGACUACUCCAGGGUCUUACUAUGUAGGGAAUUUCAAUGAUAAUUGUGAAAGUUCAUGAGAAUUCUAUAUUCACAGUAUCAGAGUCUUCACAUCUGAACUACCAGGCAUCGAAGAAGACCUCGAAGGCGCAGUCUACAAUGAAUGGUAUUCUGACUGAGGAGAUGGUGAAAGAGACUCAGGAGAAAAUUGUGAUGAUGGCAACUGGGAAAAUGGAGAUGGCUGUGAUAAAGAGUGAGAUGUAGAAAAUGGAUGGGAGUGAUCAGGAGGGAAUAGUUCGUCACCUGAUACUUGAGAAUUUAUUUGUCAAGCAAAUUCAAGCCCUGGAGAUGAGACUGUAGAUUGAUAUGACGGCAAUUCCAGUAGUGGAGAUGGAUGCAGCUCUGCAUGUAAAGUAGAGAGUGGGUAUAGUUGUAGCUGGAAUGGAGGGAGUCAGGAAAGUGAAUGUACUGAUAAGUGAGGGGAUGGUAAAACAAUUACCUCAAUGGGAGGAACUUACUGCGAUGAUGGGGAUAACACAUCUGGAGAUGGUUGAAGUAGCACUUGAAGCAUUGAGAGUGGAUGGAUAUGAUCUGGAGGAGAUACCUCUAACCCAGACACGUGUUCUGAUGACUGUGGAGAUGGCAAAGUCAUGGAUGUGCAAACUGGCUAUUGAGAUGAUGACAAUAAUAUUCCUGGAGAUGGUUGAGACGCUUCUUGACAAGUUGAAACUUAUUGGGAAUGAACUCCUGGAAGUUCUUCGACUGAGAGCCAAUGAUCAGACAUCUGUGGAGAUGGCAGGAAUAUGGAGCCUUCAGCCACUUACUGAGAUGACGGUGAUAAAGUCUCAGGCGACGGUUGUAAUUCAGCAUGAUCUGUUGAGACUGGGUGGAAGUGAUCUGGAGGAGAUGCCUCCAAUCCAGACACUUGCUCUGAUGACUGUGGAGAUGGAGUUGUUGUAGCUCCAAUAUCAACAUAUUGAGAUGAUGGCAACACAGAUUCGAAUGAUGGGUGAAGCUCAACAUGUCAACCAGAAUCUGGGUGGACUUGCACUUUAGGAGACUCUUCAACAGCAAGUUCUUGCACCGACACUUGCGGAGAUGGCAAAGUUAUGGACCCCACAGCAAAUUAUUGAGACGAUGGGAGCAAAGUAGAUGGAGAUGGAUGUAGUUCAGCUUGAGCAGUUGAGGCUGGUUGGAGCUGAACUCUAGGUGAUUCAACAACUGCUUCAGUCUGUAGUGAUGAUUGUGGAGAUGGAAAAGUUAUGGUUCCCACAUCAGGUUAUUGAGAUGAUGGUGACAAAACAGGUGGUGAUGGAUGAAGUGCUUCUUGAGGAGUCGAAUCUGGAUGGGAAUGUACACUCGGAGACUCUUCAACACCAAGCUCUUGCUCUGAAAUUUGUGGAGAUGGCAAGGUUAUGGACCCCACAGCAAAUUAUUGAGAUGAUGGAAGCAAAGUAGAUGGAGAUGGAUGCAGCUCAGCCUGAGCAGUCGAAACAGGUUGGAAAUGAACUCUGGGUGAUUCAUCAACUGCUUCAGUUUGCAAUGACGACUGCGGUGAUGGGAAGGUUGUCCAGACAAGCUCUAAUUACUGAGACGAUGGAGAUAAAGAUGACAAUGAUGGCUGAAAUUCAACCUGUCAGAUAGAAUCUGGCUGGGAAUGCACAACUGGAGAUUCAUCCACAGCCAGUGUGUGAUCUGAUGAAUGAGGAGAUGGAAAAGUCAUGGAUCCACAAUCUGGGUACUGAGAUGACGGCAAUAAAAGUGAUGGAGAUGGCUGAAGUUCGACCUGAGCCGUUGAGCCAGAUUGGACUUGAUCUCUAGGAGGUACUUCUUCAGCUUCAAGUUGAUAUGACACAUGUGGUGAUGGAAAAGUUGUGCAAACUGGAGCUAAUUAUUGUGAUGAUGGAGAUAAAGAUAAUGGCGAUGGAUGAAGCAGUAAUUGUCAGAUAGAAUCUGGAUGGGAAUGCACCACUGGUGAUGCAACUACAGCGAGCCAAUGAACAGAGACAUGAGGAGAUGGAACUGUGAUCAAUCCUACAUCUGGGUACUGAGAUGAUGGGAACAAAAACAAUGGAGAUGGCUGUGAUUCCUCAUGAGCAGAAGAAUCAGGUUGGAAUUGAACACUUGGAGACUCUACAACCCAAUCUUCAUGCACAGAUAGCUGCGGUAAUGGAGCUGUGAUGAAUCCUACUGCAGGAUAUUGAGAUGAUGGAGGAAAAUCAGAUGGGGAUGGAUGCAGCUCAGCAUGCUCGGUCGAGUCUGGUUGGGUCUGAACUCUAGGAGACUCUUCUACUCCUAGUGUUUGUGCUGAUGAUUGUGGGGAUGGUAAAGUCAUGCUCUCAUCAUCAACUUAUUGAGAUGACGGGGAUAAAAAUGAUGGAGACGGGUGCAGUUCAUCCUGAAAUAUUGAGACAGGAUGGAUUUGAACUUUAGGAGAUCAAACUACUGCAAGUGUAUGAUCUGAUAAAUGAGGAGAUGGAAUUGUUGUUGAUCCUAAAAAUGGAUAUUGAGAUGAUGGAAAUAAUGUUGAUGAUGAUGGUUGAAAUUCUACUUGCCAAGUAGAAGCAAAUGCAAACUGCACUUUAGGAGACUCAACUAGUGCCAGUAUAUGAACUGAUAUUUGAGGUGAUGGAUUUAUAAGUAUAGAAAAUUUAGCAUCUUCAUAUUGUGAUGAUGGUAACACAGAUGAUGGGGAUGGAUGCUCAAGUUCAUGUUCUGUAGAAGAUAAGUAUAUUUGUGAAGGAGGUAGCUCAACUUCAAAAUCAGUAUGUCAAACCUGUUCAGUAGAGAAUUGAUCUGAAUGAUUAUCAGAUGAUAUUAAUAAAUGUAAAGUCUGUAAUGACGGAUAUGAAGUUAAUAAUGACAAAUGCUCAAAACCAUCUGCUGCAUUAUCUUCAUCAGCCACUGCUGCUUCACAAGCUGCAGUAGGAGGAGUUGCGGCAGCUGCAGCUAUAAAUUCAGUUCUUAAUAUGUCAUCACCAACUGUAAUGUGGGCAAUGGCAAAUCAGUUGCAAUUACUUCUAUUGCUAGUCCUGACCAAAAGUUCAAUGCCAGAUGAAAUCGUUCAGUUCUUGACAGGAAAUAGAUUUGCUUCUUUUUCAUUUGAUUUUUUGCAUCUAGAAAGUUUACCAGGAAUUGGUAUACCCAAACGUUGGUUCCUCAAGGACCAAGAAAUAUCAAGUCUCACUGAGAUUGGAAUUGAGUCAGGAAGCACGUUUUAUAACAACUUCGCUCUCCUUCUAAUGCUGUUCUUUCUCCUUCCGAUUCACUUGGGAGUGAUUUUCCUUCCAAAAUGUAGAAAAAUGCCAUAUUCUGAAACUAGGUGGAAAUCCAUUCUUGGUAAAUUUUACACAAAGGCUAGAGAAGCCUUAUAUGAAUUAUUCCAUUUUUCCAUCUACAUCAGGCUAAUCCUUGAGGCUUAUCAGUUUAUCAUGCUAGCUUGAGUUGCAGAAAUAUAUCAGAUGAGGUACAGAGAGUAUGCUUCAUUCUCAAUUUCCUGUGUUGCCUUACUACUCUGAAUUUUUUUCCUCUGUUUGUCCUACUUUAUGUACUCAAGCACAAAGAAGUUUUAUGAUGAUGAGCAGCAUUACCACUGUAAAGAGUUAGUCAGAGGGCUCAAGGAUAACAAAGAAGCAAGGAUAUACACAUUCUUCCUACUCCUUAGACGUUUUAUAUUGGUAGCAUGGCUCAUAGGGAUGUGAGAAUCAAACAAAUACUUUCUUAUAGUGUUCCUUUCAGGUUUCCAGCUGUUUUAUUUGGGGAGGAUUCUCUACUCAAGACCUUUACAACAUGUUUGUGAUAAUUUGGUGGAAAUUACAAAUGAGAUAUUCUUCACAGUCUUGGCAUUAAUUUUAGUGUAUUUGAACACUGAAGAUAAAUGGAAGGGCUCAAAUACCAGCAUAUAUAUGUAUAUUUUAAUAUCGAAUAAUUUUGUGAUUGUAUCCAUCAUGUUCGGAAAUCUAAUGAGAAAUAUCUUUGUAAAAUGCAAGGCAAAGUGCUCAAAGAACUCUAAAACUGCUCCAAAAGCUCCUCAACCUCAACCUCCUAUUAUACUCGCCCGACCAAGCACCACAUCCAAAAUCUAUACAAAAUCCGACCUUUCAGGUGCCACAAAACUAUCCACAAACCAACUGGCCGAACAAUCCCAAAACAAUAUUAUCAUCAAGAAAAUUCCCAGAAAAACAGACUAAAAUCCCUAAAAC